AUGUCUUCUGAAGUGUUGGCGGAGGAGUUUGAGGUCCUCGAGUCCAUCUAUCCGACCGAACUCACAAAAUUGUCGGAAAGGGCGGUACGAAUAGACAUCGAGCCGGAAGAGUCAGUGGAGGGCGAGGAUGAGUUAAAGCUCGUAUUAGAGGUUCAGUACACAGAUGGCUAUCCCGACACCCUGCCAGAUCUAUCGGUGGAGGCCGUUGCAGGAUCUCUAGAGGAGGUCGAGAUUGAGAGUCUGCUCCAAGAGCUACGAGAAGUGGGCGAGGAGAACCUCGGCAUGGCCAUGACUUUCACAUUGUCUACGCAUUUGCGAGAACAGCUUUCAGCCCUCAUACACUCGCGAAUAGAACGCCGCAAGCAGGAAGAAGCGGAAAAGGAGCGGAAAGCAUUAGAGGAGGAGGAAGCACGAACACGAGGAACUCCGGUAACGGUUGAGACAUUCAAGGCAUGGAAGACCACAUUCGACAAAACAAUGGCCGUUAAGAAGGCACGCGAUGAAGAGGAGAAGCUCAAAGCUAUGACUCCAAAAGAGAGGGAAGAAUACAAGAAGCUGGGCACCCGCCUCUCAGGCCGACAAUUGUUCGAACGCGACCGGAGUCUCGCAAUCUCAGACGACAGCCUUGUCGAAGAAGGUGCUGUCUCUGUGGACAUUACUCAAUUUGACAGAACCGUUGUAGAGGAAGAAGAGGAAGAAGAGCGAAUGUCAUUUAGCGACAGCGAUUAACUACCGUUGUGUACGCACCACAGUUUUUUGUAGCCUACUCACCCCAUAUAUCGUGUAAGUGCAAUCGUGUAAGCACCGUGAAGUGAAAAUAAUACUUCAAGCCUGUUAGGCAUUGAUGAAAAUAUUUCUUUUUAUACGUC